GCGGCAACCAAAGACGUCAGUACGCCUCGAGCUUUCUCGCAACUCAACGGCCUUCCUUGAUCCAUCUCUUCUUCUUUCCCGUACGAAAUGUGCCUUUAGUGACUGACGAUGGAUAGUCAUUCAGACUCUCCCGAUUCGCCGGCAAGUGACCAUCUGACUGUGGAUUUGCUGAAUUCCCGAAGGAAGAGAAGCAGGAUCAUCGUGAACGAAAUAGUGAGGAGGUCGCCCGAUUUGAAAAUUAACAAUAAUGAUGUUGAGUUUGUGCUUAUGGACGAGCACGGGGAUCAGCACCAGGAAAACGGGGAUGACGAGGACCGUCUCACGGCUUCUGGUCAUGGUUCCUUGACGUUAAGCGGCGGCUCUCCAGGAGGCGGUUACUCCGCUGGUGGUUCAGCCGCCCACCACCGAGCUGCCUCCGGACUACACCACUCCGCGGCGGCUGCCAUGCAGCACCAGCUGCCCCAACCCGACUUCCAGCCGCCAUACUUCCCGCCACCAUUCCACCACCCGCCCAGUCCCCCGCCACAGCAACACUUGGAGUACCUCACGGAUCCAUACGGAGGCCUCUCGGGCCUUCACCAUUAUAACCAGUUAGGAUUAAGGCCGAGAGACGGAGAUGGUAGCCAUACACAUGUUAGUCAGUUAGGUCACGGUACGAGUUUUCCUUACAGUACAGGACCGGGGGGAGGCAGAGCCGACUAUUCAACACAGAGGCACGACGACCCCCUUUCACUUCACCAAGCACUGGGGCAGGCUGUCGAAGAAGCGCAAGGAGGUCUAGACGACAAUACGGGGUUUAUCACAGACUUACCAUUACUUAAAAAUAUAAAAGGCAAAGACCACAGCGGAGGCUCAAUGGUAUCCCCUAGCGACGUAUUUUGUUCCGUACCUGGUAGAUUAUCUCUCUUAUCGUCAACGUCGAAGUACAAAGUUACAGUGGGGGAAGUACAGCGUCGAUUAUCGCCACCAGAAUGUCUGAACGCUUCCCUCCUGGGUGGAGUGCUCAGAAGAGCGAAAAGCAAAAACGGUGGAAGAAUACUCAGGGAAAAAUUGGAGAAAAUUGGUUUGAACUUGCCCGCUGGACGACGAAAAGCCGCCAAUGUUACGUUACUGACUUCCCUUGUGGAAGGAGAAGCCAUUCAUUUGGCAAGAGAUUUUGGAUAUGUCUGUGAGACUGAAUUUCCCGCUAGACAGGUGGCGGAAUACCUUUUAAGACAACACGGAGAAACAAUGAGGAGAAAGGAACUUCUCCAAGCUACCAAACAAGUAACCAAGGAACUAAUGGACCUGCUCAACCAAGACAGAUCCCCUUUGUGCAACACCAGACCACAAAUCCUUCUGGACCCUUCGAUUCAGAGGCAUCUCACCCACUUCUCCCUCAUCAGCCACGGUUUCGGCAGUCCUGCGAUCGUUGCAGCACUCACCGCCAUUCAAAAUUUUUUAAGUGAAUCACUAAAACACCUAGACAAAGUUUUUCCAAACCAGAACACCCAGCAGGGCCAGCCCAUGUUAGUGACCUCUUCGCUUGAUAAGGCUAAAUUAGACGAUAAGAAGUGACGACUUAAGAAUCUCUUAUAUGUUGUGAUCUAAUCGAAUAAUGUUGAAUGAGGAUCCGUAUCAGCCAAAUACAUUUUUAUAGUAAAAUAUUUGAAACAUUUUGUGUGAUAUUCAUGCUGCGAAUUGAGAUUUUGUGCAAUAUCUAAUUUUUUACAUGAGUGGAGAAGGGAUCAUGCAACAUUAUGUUUAAAUAAUGAUAAAUUAGUAAAUUUUCGAAUAGCUAUUUAUGUAAUAAGUCCACAAACUAUAAGCAUUUCGUACAGAGCAAUGGCUUUAUGAUGGACAGAUUUCAUUAAAAUUUAUCCUUUUAUUGGAAAUACCUAGAAUUCAACGUUUUUGCAUUGAGAGUUGCCAAAUUGAUAAUUUGAUCUAUUGAUUACUUAUAUCAUAAUCAUAAUAUAUAUAUUUCUUUAUUAAAAUAUUAAUUACAGAAAAUUCAAUUUAUCCUGUCUCCACCACAAAUUGUAUUUAUUUUAUUAAAUUGUUAAAUUUUCAAAAAGUUAGUAAAAUAUUACUAUUUGAUUGCAAAAAAUACUCCAUUAAUAAUGUAAAAGUAUUUAUAUUAAAAUAAAAAACCAAGAAUGAUAAUUUAAAAGAGGAAAAUUUACUUAAGCAAUUAUUAUUGUCUCUAUUUGACUAAAAUGAACAAUGGCCAUGCAGCCGUUUGGUAGUACCUAACAUUUAAAGUUAAUUUUUAAUUUUAGUAAAUGAAAAAAUAUGUACAUGUAGGUAAAGGUUAAGACGGUGUUCCACUGCAGCCACUUUUCCAAAAUUUGAUUAAAUUUUUAUGAAAAAAUACAAAUCGUAAAUUUUUUUUUCUGUUGUCUUAUUUUUUAUAGAAAACAUUUUUUUAGAAAAGUGGCUACAAAGAGUACUUAGUUCAAAUGUACCUAUCUGAAAAAUCAACCGGGAACUCUUAAAAUUGACGCAUAAUGUCGUCAGGGUAUUUUUUAGAUCCAGUUCAAAUGUACUAAUUCAACAAGACACGCAAAUUUGGUAAAUCCAAACAAACAUGUUAAAUAUACGUAAAACUCGGUAGUUAUUUUUAUUUAAAGGUUUACAAAAAAUGUUCAAAUGUACCAUUCACGAAUUUUUAAGCCAGUAUUUAAAUGUACAUUUAUUACAAAAAUUAAUUACAAAGUAAUUUUUUGAGAUCUCCAUGUUAUCCAGCAAAUUUUAAGCUGUUAGUUCAAAUGUAUCAUUCAGUAAAAUGCAUAUAACGCAUGAUAUUCGCAAAAAACAACUAAUCAGGAGGAUACAGUAUACUCUAAAUAUUAAAGCGAAAAUGUCCUCAAAGUAAUUUUUAAGAUAUCUAAAUGAUUUUUAACGCUAUUUAGUAAAAUCAACCUGACACUUGAUAUUUGCAAAAAAGCAUUGAAAUAAUUUCCUCGAAUUUCUGAGAAAAUAGUUCAAAUGAACAUUUUUCUGUAAAAUUAACUGGACACUCCUAAUAUUUACGCCAAAUGUCCUUUUUUGAGAUAUCUAAAUAUUUUCCAACUAUUAAAGGAGUACUUCAAAUGUAUCAUUCAGUAAAAUCAAUCUGACACGCUUGAUAUUUACAAAAACCAUCAAUUUAAAUACUUUUUGUGAAUUUUUAAGUGAUUAGUUCAAAUGUACCUUUCCGCAAAAUCAACCGGAGGCUCUAAAUAUUGAUACGAAAUGUCCUCAUAAUAUUUUUGGAGAUAUCUAAAUGUUUUCCAGCAAGUUUUAAGGGAGUAGUUCAAAUGUACCAUUUAGUAAAACAACAUCAAUCGCUUGAUAUUCGCAAAUAAUAUGCAUCUAAGUACUCUCUACAGUUUCUUUAAGUGAGUAGUUCAAAUGUACCUACCUUUCUGAAAAAUCAAUGACGUUCUUAAAAUUAGCGCCAAAUGUCCUCAGAGCAUUUUUUUAGAUAUCCCAGUUAAGAGGAACAUUAAUUUAAAUAUAUUUCGCGAAUGCUUAAGUGAGUAGUUCAAAUGUACCUUUCCGCAAAAUCAACCGGAGGCUCUAAAUAUUGAUACGAAAUGUCAUCAGAAUCCCAUUUAGUAAAAUUAACAUGACAAACGCUAUAUUCUCUACGAUUUUUAAGUGAUUAGUUGAAACCUAUCUUUCUGACAAAUCAACCGGACGCUCUUAAAAUUGACGUUAAAUGUGCUCAGGGUAUUUUUUAGAUAUCCCAGUUAAGCAAAUAGUUCAAAUGUACAAAUCCAGCAAGACUCGCAAAUUUGGUAAAUCCAACCAAACGCUUGAUAUUUUUAAAAAAUGUGCUCAGUAGUUAUUUUAAUUAAAGGUUUCCAAAAAAUGUUAAGGGAAUAGUUCAAAUAUACCAUUCAUUAAAAACUAUUUAAGAUGCUUGAUAUUCGCAGAAACAUCCAUCUAAAUACUUGUCACGAAUUAGUAAGUGAGUAGUUUAAAUAUACAUUUAUGCAAUAUUAACUGGACACUCUUAAAAUUGACGAGAAAUGUCUGCAAAUUAUUAUUUGACAUUUAAUUGCUAAUGCGGAAAGUAAUUUUUUGAGAUAUCUU